AACUGGAAGGAGCUUAUUAGAUUCAUUGAUCUCCAGGAGGCUUGUCAUUUGGAUAAUGCUUCAUAUGUGAAGCUCAUUGAUCAGCAGUUGAAAAAAUCGCUUUACACACGCGAGGACAUUUGCGAGGGCCUCGGCAUCACGGAACAAGAGCUGGAAACAGAUUUCCURACGUCCAGCACCCAGCACAUGCAGCAGUUCAAGCUGCGCCAACGCGCCUUGCAUGUUAUCCAGGAGUCGGGGCGUGUGGUCCAGUUUCGUCARAUUUGCGAGCAGCUGCAACGCCGCUCCAGCAAACAGGACAUUGAGCAGCUGGGUCAGCUCAUGCAGCAGUCCCAUCAAAGCCUGCGCGAGCUCUACGAGUGCUCACAUCCGGAUUUAGAGCGCCUUGUGGCCUUAUCUGUCAAGCAAGGCGUCAGCGCACGUGUUACGGGCGCGGGCUGGGGCGGUUGCAUUGUGGCCAUGUGCGACUCAGUAGAGGCUGCUUCAGAUUACGUCAACGUACUCAAGCGCGAGUACUAUGCUCAAUUGCCUGCUCAUCUCUUGGAGCGCUAUCAGCCCAACGACUUCAAUGAAGUCGUCUUUGCCACAUUCCCCAGUAACGGCGCCGAGCUAUUUGUACAAUAAUCAAAGACACUUUUGUAAACCUGUAUAUAAUAUAGCACCGCCACACCAUAUAA